CGGUGCACUAGCGAUGCGCACAGCAGAGUCCGCCGUCGGCCAAAGCACGCUUUACGUUUAUUCUAUGCUCUCGUACAACGCAAAAAACAUCAUGAAGGCAGCACUGCUUCUCGUUUCUGCGCUACUGCUGGUGACCGUGGCCAACGCUGGACAGUUCUUGUGCCGACUGCCGGAGGAUAAGGUGAUCCCGGCGCUCGAGUGCCUGCAGCAGAACGUGAACCCUGAGAUCGCUAGCUACCUGGGAAGGCUGCCAGAGAAGGGUGCCGGCUUUGUCCGAAGCGCUUGCAAGUCGGGAGAAAACUUUGAAGACCUCAUGCGCUACGUGUGGACGGAAGACUACCUGGCGGAUCUCAACAAGGCUGACAAGAUAUGCGAGGCCAAGUUCUGAGUGGAAACCUGUUAGUUCUGGAGUGUGUGCGUGCGUGUAGGAAAUAAAACAAUCAGCCAUAUGUA